CUGUAUUGUUUUACUUCAUCUGGUAAUGGUGAUAAAUGAAGUGUCUCUGCAGGUCACUGUUAAGGGUGUCAUCGGAGGUUCUGUGGUUUUACCGUGCUCCUCUAAAGAACCUCAGCUUACAUCUGAAGACAUUACAGUGAAUUGGAAACACCAUAACAGACUGAAAGUAUAUGGCAUUGUUAAGGGUAAAGUCUCUGUGGAAGGACAGCAUCCAGAGUACGAGAACAGAGUUGAAAGUGACUCUGAGCAGCAUCUGAGAGGAAACUUCUCACUCAAACUCAAAAAUCUGCGGUACAGCGAUACGGGAAAGUACCAGUGCUACAUCAUAGAUGACUCAGUAAUUCAGACUGUGGAGCUACGUAUCGAAGUUUUUGGGGUGUACUAG